GCCGAGAUGGGUGGAAAACAAGAAGAAAAAAGAAAGAUGUGCUGCUGGAGACGCUGACCCAUAAAGAAAAGGAAUCUGUGGAGGAAUGUUGUUGGCUGUCCGUUGUUCCUGAACUAGCGGAAAUGUCCCAAGAAAUUCUUCACAGAGAGUGGACCCAGCUUCAACCAGCACCACGUUCAGCCGGCGACGGCAUGGAAUCUUUGGACCACCAGGGGACCAUCCCCAGCCGCCUUGGCGCCACCAGCUGUCACACCACUGCCAAUGACAUUGGCAGCAGUUUCGACCUCCCCAGGCCGACGAAACGGCGCGAACCCAAGUUUGUCCCGUACGAGCCGUACAAGGCCGCGGUGGCCCCCAUCUUGCCGACUCGGACGCUUUCGACGGCGGAGAAGAAACUCGCCACAAAGUUGGCCACGCUGGAGAUUCCGUUCCCGCUGCAGGCCGAAGUAAGAAAAAAGAAAGGCAACGGCGACGCCUGCCCCGUGAUUUCGGUGGUGAGGGAGGUGCCGGAGGGCAUGGUGGGAAAAGACGACGGCGGUGAAGACUGGCAAGGUCGCCUCGGCCUCGUGGAGAAGAGGGUGGAAGCGCUCCAGAAGGAGAAAGAGGACGUGGAAAAUCAGCUGAGAGUGCAACUGCAGGUGAACAGUGAGCUUAAGAAGCUCCUCGUUGCAUCAUUGGGAGAAGAUGUGCAAGCUAGGGUGCAGUUCCUCAGUGAGGACAAAGCUAAACUUGCUGACGACAUUAGCUUCUAUUCAGCAAAACUCGAAGAAGGAAUGGAAGAGCUGGACCGCCUCUCUAUUCAGUGUGAUGUCUGGCGGACAAAGUUCCUUGCAAGCAGCUUGGUGAUUGACGAACUGGCCAAUUGGAAAUCAAGGUUAACCCAUCAAUGUGAGGACUUCCAGGAAUCCCUGCAGUGGCUCACAAACGAACACCAGCAUCUAGAAACAAACGUCCUUACCACUUACAGAAUUCUCAUGAAGCUUCAAGGCACGUUGCUCUCAGACGUCCACAACGACAACUCCGCAAAAAUCUCGACUGGUACAACUUCACCAGACAACACUCAGCCCAGGGACCUGCUCCAAAUUGCUGCUGCCACUCAGCAAAUGGCUCGUGCGCUCUACCACAGGGUGCACGGAGGAAGCAAUCUAAAAUUGCCAGCGUGCCCACACGUCACCAAGACGCCUGCAGAGAGGUUUGCGUGUCGAGCGGAACAGGCUUUUGAGGACCUGAAGUCAUCAUUUGCAGCUUCAUCCACGAUUGAAGACACCCUAUCAUCCAGCAUCAUGUCGAAGAAGUGUCACAUCAACGGCAAACCGUUGCACGAUUAUUCUGUCAUAGCCUGUUGCCGUCACUGUUCGGGGCACAAGCUCGAAAUUGUUUGACGACAGUUUCGCCCUCCAGGUUGUAAUUUUUAUUGUCUCUAUGACGGUUGCGAUAAUACAAUAGUAAUUUAUAGUUUUUUA